ACUGACAUGACCGGCUUGUUACUCUAACUUUUGAAUAAAACGUUUAGUUUCAUGUUCUGACCGUAAUUACCCCCUUUGACCCUAUAUAACAAAACGCGAGAGUUUGACAAUAAGUCACAGGAUGUCUCUCGACGAGAAAUUCAAAUCUGCAUGCGAUCAGAUUAGACAAUUCACAAAACGGCCUUCGGAUUCCGAUAUGUUGGAAGUUUACUCCUUGUACAAACAAGCCACUGUGGGGGACAUCAACACUCCCAAGCCGAGCGAAGCCAAGGCUAAGGCCAAAUGGGAGGCUUGGAGCGGCAAAAAGGGCCUUAACGCCAACGUGGCCAAAGAGCAGUACGUGGCAAAAAUCAAAGCUUUGGCGCCGACUUACGCAUAAACUGAUUUUUUCGAAAUGGGCAACACCGAUUGUGCUUUACCAAAUAGUUUAGUGUUUGUACAAUACACGCCUGAGCAUUAAUAAAAUUUCACAGCUGGA